AUAAUUUUUGCAAAGCCGAUAUCAAGUAUCAAUCCUCUGAACAAUGCCUACGAUCAACGUCUCACUCAAGGAUGGCGCGGCUGCCGACCAGCUCGAUGCCGCGAAGAAGCAGGUCACCGACCAAGGUGGCAAGAUUGUGAACGAGUUCAAGCUCAUCAAAGGCUUCACCGCCGAGUUCCCCGAAGACAAAGUACAUACGUUGUCUUCCAACGAGCACUUGAACGUUGAGAAUGACGGCAAGGUCACGACGCAGUAGAUCGUUCAUGAUGGGCAUCCGCGGAAGGCAGCUUCAUGGGUUGAUAUCACGCCAGUAAGGCAAGCAAGCGGCAUGUUGCAUCGGUGGGCUAAGGCGGACAAAUAGGGAUGAGCAUUUCCAUAGCAAUAGAGUCGCAUGGUGGUAUGGGUUACGUUCUAUGCUGCCGCUUGAGGACAUGCAAAUCUACAACAAUUGGUACGAUGCAGCGGU